GGCGUCACAUUGACCCACUUUCAGCAAACAGCGGUCUGGGCUCGGUUUGAAUUAGCGGCGCGGGGAGCGCGUGGAGGAGAGACGAGUGUCUCGCGUGAAGGACGCGCACGCUGUCACACCGCGCGGCAGCACAAUGCUGGAAACCAAGUUUUUAAACACGCAAUGAAUCCUGCCAACGAAACCAGCGCCGAGAGAAGUACAGAACAAUAUGUUUUCACAGUGGGCACCUACAAACUUCUCGCUUUUACCAUCGGCACUAUUGGAGUAUUCGGCUUUUGUAACAACGUUGUUGUCAUCGUACUCUACUGUAAAUUCAAGAGGCUGCGGACGCCCACUAAUCUGUUACUGGUCAACAUAAGUUUGAGUGAUUUUCUGGUGUCGGUCUUCGGUGUAAACUUUACGUUUGCUUCGUGCGUCAAAGGCGGGUGGACUUGGAGCCAGGCGGCAUGCAUCUGGGACGGCUUCUGCAACAGCUUAUUUGGAAUCGUUUCCAUCAUGACUUUGGCUGCUCUGGCCUAUGAGCGCUAUAUCCGGGUGGUCCAUGCGCAGGUGGUGGACUUCCCCUGGGCGUGGCGUGCCAUCGGCCACAUCUGGUUGUACUCUCUGGCUUGGACGGGGGCUCCUCUGCUGGGGUGGAACCGCUACACGCUGGAAAUCCACCAACUGGGCUGUUCUCUGGACUGGGCAUCUAAGGACCCAAAUGAUGCCUCAUUCAUCCUCUUCUUCCUCCUGGCCUGUUUCUUUGUGCCAGUGGGAAUCAUGAUCUACUGCUACGGAAACAUCCUCUAUACAGUGCAAAUGCUGCGCUCCAUCCAGGACCUCCAGACAGUUCAAAUCAUCAAGAUCUUGCGGUACGAGAAGAAGGUCGCCGUUAUGUUUUUCCUCAUGAUCACCUGUUUCCUGUUGUGUUGGACGCCCUAUGCUGUAGUGUCCAUGAUGGAGGCCUUUGGCAGGAAGAACAUGGUGUCUCCCACAGUAGCCAUCAUCCCCUCAUUCUUUGCAAAGUCCAGUACAGCCUACAAUCCCCUCAUCUACGUGUUUAUGAGCAGAAAGUUCCGGCGCUGUUUGCUGCAGCUGCUCUGUUCACGGCUCUCUUGGCCUCAAAGCCUAAAAGAGCGGCCCCUUGCUCCAGUUGAACGUCCCAUCCGACCGAUCGUCAUGUCUAGGGCGUGCAGUGCCAGAGACCGGCCCAAGAAGAGGGUGACUUUCAGCUCCUCAUCGAUCGUCUUCAUCAUCACCAGCGAUGACUUCCACCACCUGGAUGUGACUUCCAAGACUGGAGAUUCCACAGAGGUUAAUGUCAUUCAAGUGAGGCCAUUGUGAUCCACAAGGACUGGACUUCUCAACGCAUCACUCAGUAUGCCUUAGGACCUAACAUGCAAUCCAAGCCAAAAUAAUUCUGUCUGACCUCCCAGGACAUUUUUACAUCCACAAGCAGUUACAGACUUCUUGCGACUAAUUGUAAAUACCCAACUGUCAGCCCAAGAUCUCAACUAAAUGUAUUUCCUGACAGUGUUUUGUUUAAGCAGGUAGAAAGUGUAACAUCGUCCUCUCACAGCAGCUGUGGUGAUACAAGUACAUAAUGAUGUAGUUAACAGCUAGUAAUAUGUUUCUCUUGGAAAAACAACCACACCUUUUUGUCAACUGCAGAACUGUGUCGAGUAUUUAGACGCCACGGAUCAACAUGUGAUAGCAGAUGUUUUUGGUUGGUACCCAACUACUAUGUGUAAAAUGGAAAAUAAGCCUUAGCUCCUUAGUCAUAAACCAUAACACACAAACUGACAUUAUUGUGUAUGCAUUCAAUAAAGAGAUCCUAUUUUGAGCUACCUAAUUUGUGUACUUUAU